GACGUGUAAACAGUCCAGGGGUCACCAGAGGUUGACAUAGUCUAACUCGUCACUUUGUCGUCCGGAAAGGAAGGUUUUGAAGCGUCUUUCGAGUGUUUUAACCGUAAAAUCUGUUCGUACUAGAGUUGAGAAGUUCUUGAGACGUUGUAAGAUGAAGCUAGGCGGCGAGGACAGGUGGUCGAUACCGCUAGUAGCGGUCGUGAUCGUCAGUCUUGUUUCGAGACCGUCUCUGGCUACGUCUUAUGGUGGGGAACGUGUGUUGUUAGAAGAUGUGAAGGUUCUGACUCUUUAUAAUGGACGGAUGACAAACUCCAGAAGAGCAGGACCUGUACCACAGCUGAAAUGUGUUGGAGGUUCAGCAGGAUGUAGUAGCUUUGUGCCACAGGUGGUACAGUGUAUCAACCAGGGGUCGGACGGAUACGACAUACAGUGGGAGUGUAAGACAGACAUGGACAAUGCCUACAGGUUUGGGCAUGUGGAGGUUUCUUGCGAGGGCUAUGACUAUCCUGAUGACCCCUAUAUCCUCAGAGGCUCUUGUGGGCUUGAAUAUACUUUAGACUUCACCAAGGAAGGCUAUGAGAAACAGAACUCUGGUGGUGGUGCCGGGUACAGCCAUGACUACUACAGGGACGAGACCUCACACUACAGCUCGUAUGGGGCGGGGCAUGGUUACCAGGGUUACAAGAAGACCUCCUGGUUUGGCGACCUGGUGUUCCUGGGAAUCGUGGCGCUCGUUGGAUACGCGAUAUACCAGACCUGCAUAGCAUCACCGCACGAGGGAACCCCCUAUACUGACGAUGGGACAGGUUCCACCUACAGACAGGGGGGUCCCAGUGCCCCUCCCCCUCCUGGCUUCAGACCAGACUACAUGCCAGGCUCCAGCAGUUAUUCUUCCUCCUACGACAGCGGCUAUACCGGGACGUCCCAGUCACGUACUCACAACACACAGCAAGGUACCGGGAGCAGCUUCGGAGGAUUCUGGGGCGGGGCAGCUACAGGGGGCCUCUUGGGAUACCUGUUCGGAAGUGGAAAUCGUGGAUACGGCGGAUAUGGUGGAUACGGAGGCUAUGGCGGCUACAACCACUACCCUCGCCACACGGCGUGGGGCCCGCGGCGCACCGGUUGGUCCAGCUGGUUCGGACCGUCCACCGGCGGUUACAGGUCUACUGGAGGGUUCGGCGGAGGCAGUGCGUUUGGCGGCGGUCGCUCUUCGUUUGGCGGUGGCAGUUCUGGUACAAGAACGGCAUCUGAAAGUCGUUAAAUGUGUUGGCAAUGGGACAGAUUUCACACUCCUGUUAACAUAUAAAAAAUGGAUCAACUUGUUUCUUCAAACCUGUAAAAUUUCAUUACCAAAAUCGUUAUUUUUAAUGAAAUUGAGUACUCUUUGAUCAUACAUUUUAAUGCAAACAGGGGUGUCAAAAUAUGAGAAAACAAAGAAUAUGAUCAGGAUAUAUGGAUGGUGACAGAAAAAGAAGAAGGAACACAACUGACAAUCUAUGGAAACAGGACAAAAAAGAAUGCUUUUAUGAAAUAUGUCAACUCUAUGCUUCUCUAUUUAAGGUGGGAUAUAUAUCUCUACACUGGCCAGUGUUGUCUUUAUAUGUGCAGCUAAAUAAUGAAAGUCUUUGUCUUCAGAAAAAGGAAAAAAGAUGAUUUCUUAAUAGACAGUGUUACAACUCUCGUUACCUAUAUGGUAUGUACAAAUGUAUCAUCCAACGCUGUACUUUUAUGCUAUUAUUUAUGGUCAAAAACAGGCUUUCUGUUAACACUAUGGAUGCCUUCUUACCUCCAAAUCUGUUAAAAAACAUUUGUAAUACCUUCUUAAAGCUACUACAAAAUAGUUCCUUGGUUCUCUGCUUGUCAUAGGAAAGAAACAGAGCAUAACAGUUCAAUAUUCAUAUAUAUAUGUGAAUAAGCAUGGCAUGUUGUAUACAAUUGCAAGCUUAGCUAGUGCACAAGUAUGUUUUGUUUUAUACAUAUCGGAUGUAGGAGAAUUUACGAAAGGAUAGUUUUCUGUUUUAUGUAAUACUGUUACUACAUAUACAUAACCAUUACUUUUUUUUUUCUCAUUUUGGAAACGGUUAAUUUUAAUUCAGGUAAUACAUAUAUGCUGCUAUACAGAUGGUGAUUUUCUCAGAACUUGUGUAGAAGUGUUUAAAAAAAGGUGUAGGUGUUUUGGUUUACAUAUAUUUUAUGUACAAUGGCAAACAUUGUUUAAGAGCAUGUACUUACUUACAUGUAUAAUUCUUAGUUUGAUGAAUGUAUGUACAAUACAUAUGGACACAUUUCUGAAUGCUGGUAGCAAGACCCACAAUUUUAUUGCAUGAUUUAAAAAUUAAGUGUACCAUUUUAUUUUACCAGCAUUUUCAGACUUUUUUGUCUUUUGUUUUCAUUUGAAGCCCUACUUUUAGUCAUUCCUAAAGCGAUGUUCAGUGCUUCGAUGCCAGAAUCAGAAUCCCAUAUGUAUGUAAAAUGUGCCAAGCUGGCUGAUUUUAUGUAUACAAAGGCCCAUAUUACUAAAUAAUCUAUCAGCAAUAUGUUUGACUAUUGUCAUAUUUUAACAAUGAUCAAAUAGUGAAUACUACUACAAGUAGUACUACAUUUCUUGAUACUUGAAAGUAUUGUAGGUGCAUAAAUUUUUGCAGUUUUAUGUUCGCAAUUUUUGGAGUAUUCUCUUGACUGUGAAAUAACAACCAUGAAAAUGCUUGUUCUGUUUUCUGCCCACCUAAACCUUUGCUUUAACUGCUAAUUUGAAACCACAGCAAACACCCCAUUUUCUCCUUCGAAAUUAAAUUCCUAAAAACUUACAG